AUGAAUAAAUUUUCAGCGUUCAUGUCAUCGAAUGACUCAGACGACGUGAAGCCGAACAUCUUGUUAUUGAACGGAGCUGAAGAGAAACCGAACACGCUUGAAGUCAGCAAAAGGCCCGUACCUCCUCCAAGUCGACCAUUUCACGUGGUCGUUGCUCCAGGACGGGCUAGGGAGGUACCUCAUAUGCCAAGGGAGGUUAAGCCUGCCCUUGAUAUUCAGUUUCCAUUGGCACCAUAUCGCCAAACUCCAGGACCCAUCAAAACGUCGCAGACCUACCUGCGAACACUUGUCCUAGAGCGCUGGGAUGCAGAGAUUAGGCUGUGUGAUGAGUCAUGCAGAGCGCAGCUCUCAGAGCACAUACAAGGUCCUGUUGCUCACCAAAAUUUGGUGCGGGAGAUGAUAACGGUGCGAUGGAAUGCUGAAAAAAAGCGGUGUGAGGAGUCACGCAAGGUUCAACUGUUGGAGCUCUUACUUGUGGCUCAUGGCAUUACUACCCUAGCUUAG